GGAAGCUCAUUUCCGUUCGCACAUUGAAACUUGAAUUCAUCACUACCACCACCACCCACACUACACUUUUAUUUGAAACAUGUCUGGACGCGGAAAAGGUGGCAAAGGUCUCGGAAAGGGUGGUGCUAAGCGUCAUCGUAAAAUUCUUCGUGAUAACAUUCAGGGUAUAACAAAGCCCGCUAUUCGUCGUCUUGCCCGUCGUGGUGGUGUGAAGCGUAUAUCUGGUCUUAUCUACGAGGAGACCCGUGGUGUAUUGAAGAUUUUCCUUGAAAAUGUCAUCCGGGAUUCUGUAACAUAUACUGAACAUGCCAAGCGGAAGACGGUGACUGCUCUUGAUGUUGUAUAUGCACUAAAACGGUCAGGGCGUACGCUAUACGGUUUCGGUGCAUAGGUUUCGGACUAUUUUCCUUGUUUCAUGUAUCGGUGUACUUUACUGUAAUGUUAUUUUAUUAUUGUACUUCUAACUUUGGGGUUUUGACUCUUCUAUUGAGUUGUGGUGCUGUAAGGUCGUUAGGACGGCAACUGACGACUACUGUCCAUUUAUCAUAUGUUAUGUUCAGCGUACAGUGUAGAUCUAUAUAGACCAACCUAUAGGAUGUCCUGUGGUCUC